UCUUCCAACGUUUACUUUCACAUCUUCUUCUCCUCUUGUUAUAUAUAUCUUUCAUGUGAGAGAGAGAGAGAGAGAGAGAGAGAGAAAGAGAGUAAUACUUUGAAGAUGAGUGCGAGAAGAAGCAACGCAGAAGGGAAGAGGAGUUUAAGAGAAAUGAGUGAGGAAGAGGAGCAAGAAGAAGAUGAUGAUGAUACUUUUGUUGAAGAAGACGGAGAAGAAGAAGAAGAGGAGGCUUCAGAGAAGAAGCAGAAAGGCAAAGCUACAAGUAGUAGUGGAGUUUGUUGUCAGGUGGAGAGAUGUACUGCGGAUAUGAGCAGAGCCAAACAGUACCACAAACGACACAAAGUCUGUGAGUUUCAUGCCAAAGCUCCUGUUGUUCGGAUCUCUGGUGGUUACCAACGUUUCUGCCAACAAUGUAGCAGGUUUCACGAGCUCCGUGAGUUUGAUGAAGCCAAGCGGAGUUGCAGGAGACGCUUAGCUGGACACAAUGAGAGAAGGAGAAAAAGCACAAAUGAAUAAAACGAUGGUGAUGAAAGGUCUCAAAAACAUGUUUCUGAAUGUUAAUGAAAUAGGCUUUGCUUGCUCUCUUCUGUCAAGUCUCUUUUUAAGCUCCUAGUAAUCUUAUGUGUCUCUCUCUGUUUAUCAAUACUGUAAUGCAAUCAAAAGCUAUAUGCUAAACCUAAGACAUCAAUAAAUGCAUUAUCAAGUAAA